AUGAAGACCCACCCCGAGGCCCACAAAAGGAAAGAGAGCCCACAGAGCCAAAACCCAUCCGGAAGCCAAGACCAGUCCACCCCGAGAACAACCCCGGCCAGCCCUCUCACUCAAACCAUGCAGACCCCUCCGAACCACCUCCCCCAGAUAGAAAAGGGGCCAACGUCAGUAACCGGAACCAAGACAAGGAACCAGAAACCGAGCCGGAACCACCCAGGACUAAGCGACGCCCACACCCAUCCAAGGUCAACCACCUAUCCCCACCCCAGAAUGAAACCUACACCCACCCCAACAUUCGAACAAAUCCCAGAGCACAUAAGACGUUGGACACCCAGGUUGACCCCGUCCCACCCCCUCCCGCAGACCCUCCGCCCCGCCAGCAGAAUGUGCUCCUUGAAGGAAAGAGUACCUGCCAUGAGAUGGGACCUACCUGCCAAUUUCGGAGGCCCCUAUGCCCGCCGAUGCACCAAAGGCCCCCGAGCCAGGGCCAGGCGCCCAGGAAUGCACUACCCCAAAACCCCGGCGACAUACCUGCCAGGACCCAAGGCCCCCAAGGCCCAGCCAGGGCCCCAGCCUGGGAGUCGAUACACCCCAGGAACCCCGAGCCCCCAAGCCCGCCCCAGACCCACCCAGGCGCAGGCCCCCCGAGAGCAUCUCAUGCAGCCACCAGAUGUCUCCCCCGAGAGCCACCAAAGCCCCACCCCGGCCGGGACCACAGCCCCCAGCGCCAGACCCCCCAGAGAUCCCAGCCCAGGGACACCCCAAACGCCCCAACCCAGACACCCCCCCGAAUCCGCCACAACGCCCCACAGGACGAAGCCAAAGGCGCCCCACCCCUACUAG